AGAAGAAGAAGAAAGAGAAAGAAAGAAAAAAAUGAGUAGGAGAAAAGCAUUUCUACUAAAACUGCUGGUAUAUCUCUUCUUUCUCAAUUCAAUUUCUUUCUUCAUAUAUCUUUCUCAUUACAAAUCUGAGAAAAACCCAUCAUUCAUAAUUGAAAACCAUACGAAACUACCCUUAUUAGAAGAAGAAAAGAAGAAAAAUAGCUCAUUUCUGAAAGGAAAAUCAUGGCCGAUACUUCCUUCUUACUCUCCUUGGAAUUUGAACCCUAAUGUUCGUGUUCAAUCAUGUGAAGGUUAUUUUGGAAGUGGGUUUAAUAAGAAAAUUGAUUUAUUGAUUCGAUCUCCUGACAUUCAUACAUCAGCCAAUUAUGGUGGUGGUGGGUGGUUUCGGUGUUUUUACAGUGAAACUUUAGAGAGUUCAAUAUGUGAAGGAGGAAGAGUUAGGAUGAAUAUAGAUAGAAUAAGUAUGUCUAUGGGAGGUGAGAAUUUGGAAAUAGUUAUCGGAAGAGGUGAAGAAGAGGAAUUGCCUUCAUUUGAACCAGGAUCUUUUGAAAUUGAAGCUGGUAAUGAUCAGAGGGUUAAUGGAAAUAAACUUGUGAGUCAAGAGUUUCUUGAUCAGUUUGUUCCUGAAGGUGUUGUUGUAAGGCAUACCAUGCGGCGUUUGCUUGAUUCGAUUCGAUUAGUGAAUUCCGAGGAGUUCAAAUGCUCGCAGUGGGUGGAAGAGCCAAUACUUCUGGUAACACGUUUCGAGUACGCCAACCUAUUUCACACAGUUACAGACUGGUAUAGCGCAUAUGCUGCUUCAAGGGUUACUGGUGUGCCAACUCGACCUCAUCUGGUCUUUUUGGACGGGCACUGUAAGUCACAACUAGAAGAAACCUGGAGUGCGCUUUUUUCAAGUCUCAGAUAUGCGAAGAACUUCAGCGGUUCAGUUUGUUUUCGCCAUGUUAUACUUUCUCCUUUAGGGUACGAAACAGCACUAUUUAAGGGGCUGACAGAAGUCAUAAACUGUCAAGGAGCCGAGGCACACAGUCUCUGGCACAAUCCCAAUGACCUGCAGACUGCUCGAUUAACCGAGUUUGGCGAAAUGAUUAGAGCUUCUUUUGGUCUUCCUCUAGAGGAAAUCAGAGCGCAGAAGUCACAGGUACCCAGACAUAAUGUCCUCUUUGUCCGCAGAGAAGAUUACUUAGCUCACCCCCGUCAUGAUGGCAGAGUAGAAUCAAGGCUAAGCAAUGAGCAAGAAGUGUUUGAUUCUCUGAAGGUUUGGAUAGACAAUAAUUCUUUUGGUUGCGAAGUAAACUUGGUUAAUGGAUUGUUUGCCCACAUGCACAUGAAAGAACAAGUCCGUGCCAUUCAAGAUGCUUCGGUUAUUAUAGGUGCACAUGGUGCGGGUCUCACUCAUAUAGUUGCUGCAGCACCAAAGGCGAUCAUUCUUGAGAUAAUUAGCAGUUAUUUUAGAAGACCACAUUUUGCAUUGAUCUCACAGUGGAGAGGUUUAGAAUAUCACGCCAUUAAUCUGGAUGGGUCAUCUGCAGAUCCUGAUGUAGUUAUAGGUUACCUUAGGCAAAUAUUGGGAAGUCUUGGGUGCUGAGGGAGAAGGGUUUUACCCCACUGUUGGAGAUGCUCUCAAUGUAGUUAGAUCUUUGCAUCCAGCUAUUUCAGGUAUUUCCAAACCUAAAUGGUGGAGGUCGGUUCCCAGGAUUCCACAUUUGUGUUAAGGAGAAGUGGGAUGCGAUCACUUGCAGGUCUUGGCUGAGCCAGUUGAAGAUCCAUGGGGUAAUGUUCUUCAAUCUCCGGUGAGAAAAGCCAUUUAUAUAUACUGUUCAUUACAGGCGUAGAACUAGAAUUAGCAUAAGCGAAAUUGAGCCCAGGGGAUCAAAAAGAUUAUUCAUUGAUUCUUCAAAUAGUGUGUUGAAACCAUCCCCUAAGACCCAUGCACCACCACAAGAGAUUGCAAAGUCAUCAUUGAGCUCUACACCCACAAAUCCUUUCCUUAGCCUAGGGUAAUUAGGACCGUCUGCCCAUAAAUUAUGGGACAUCUUUGGCCUCCUAUAAUCAGGAUUUCAUACCAUUCUUGUAACCAAGUUCCCACAUAUGAAUAAAUGUUCCCAUAGUACGCAAAAUUGCACUUGUAGUUGUAACUAAUUUUUUUUAGCACGUACCUAUUUAUAGUGAGAAGUUAUUUGGAUACUAUUUAAGAAAUCAAAUGCAAAAUAUUUUUUUCACAAAAAA